AUUUUAUUUAUUUUUUUAAACUAGCAUCAUGCCGACGUUAAGAGAUUCAUAUGUAAAAUAAGACUCCAUAAAAAAAUUUAUUUUGUUGCAAAACUUAGACUCACGAAAACUAUAGGCAGCUUAUUUUUCACUCUCAAACUUAUCAAGCCGCAAUAUAAAAAAUACCGCAAGCCCCUCGAAGGUUGCUUGUUGAAAAGUCUUCCUUGGGUUUCCCAAGAAAUCGAAAUGCAGUACUUUCAAGCUUCUCCCCCGUUGAAUUUUUUCAUUCUGUCAAUUCGAGCAUGCGCUGUGCAUUGCGAGUUAAAAGGAUCAUUGCACAGAGCGUGUAUAGUUGAAGAGCUGCAGUGCUCGAAAAGUGCGCGUCUUGUAUACUUCGCAAUGGAUAAAAAAAGAGGGUUCGAUCACACUUUUGGCAUGUGUAGCAUAAAUCUCGGAAUAGUAGGACUGUGGCCAAAUUCAAAGAACACGAAGUUUCAAGAGUUUAGAUCGAACGUCUCCUUUGUAUUUGCGAUCUUUUCUGUUUCUGUUUUUAUCAGUAUGUCUCAAACUGCGAAACUAAUCAUGAUCUGGGGAGAUUUAUACCAAAUGAUUGAAAAUAUAUCUACUGCGAAUCUACCGAUCACAGUUACGGUGUUUAAAAUGCUUAUAUUUCGAAGUCAUAAAAAAGUACUAGGAGAACUCCUGGCACUCGCUAUAGGGGACUGGUGCACGAAAAAGACUGAGGAAGAGACUGCAAAUAUGUGUGCGAACGCUCGACUAGCCCAUCGAAUAUCCAUGAUUUGCGUUUUCUUGGCCGGAGGUACCGUCAGCAUUCACGCGGUGCUACGAACUUGCCAAGAGUUGGACAUCAUGCCGGGACCGCCGGAGAAGCGACUUCCGCUAUUUAGCAGCUCUUACGUACCUUACGACUACAAAUCCAGCCCUAUCUACCAAGUAACUUGGCUCAUGCAACUCACCGGAACGAGUUGUGCGACCUUAGUUUUUUCGGGAGUCUACUGUGCCUUUGUUGGCAUGGUACUCCAUCUUAGAGGUCAGGUGGCCAACCUGAGGUUAAAAUUGGAGAACAUCUGUGAAAUACGCGAGAAGGGUGAGGGCUUAGUCGAGGCCAGACGAGAUUUCAGGAAAAAAUUAGGUUUCAUCGUGGAACGACACUUGGUUCUUAAUAGCAGAUCUCGAAACUGUUUUUACGUUGAUGUUCCUUGCCGAACUUCUGUCUUGCACUAUACAAAUUUGUCUGCAAGUUUUCUUAUUAGUGACGUUGCUUUCCAAUAUAAAACACGGCUUUCCCAUUUUGGAACUAUUUUUCUUGAUGGUUUAUAUUAUGCAUGUAGGGACGCAUGUCUUCAUUUGUUGUUUCGUUGCUGACAAAUUACGCGAAGAGAGUUUAUUGAUAUGUAAUUCAGUAUAUAAUUAUCAAUGGUACAAGUUAUCCGCACAGGAUGCCAAAAUGUUGAUUUUCGUUAUGCACAGAGGUGACAGACCACUUGCAAUGACGGCAGGGAAGUUUUGCGCAUUUUCUUUACAGCUUUAUGCUCAAAUUCUUAAGACGUCGGGAGGUUACUUGUCAAUGCUUCUAGCUUUGAAAGAUCAAUCCUAAGAUAAUUGAUUAAUAUAAUGGCUUUGUAAUUAAUUGAUUAAUAUAUACUAAUUUAAAUUCAUGAACUUUUCUUACUACAAUUUUUCAAAAUUACCACAAACUCCCUCGAAACGUUGCUAGUAAAAAGUUCACUCGCCUUCACAAGAAAUCGAACUGCAGCCGUUCCAAGUUUCUCCCGCUACGGUUAAGUUUUUUUUUCUCUCCAUUUGAGCAUGUGCCAUCCAUUACAAAUUGAAAAGAUCAUGUAUAAAGUACUUACUUAUGGAACAGAACAAAUUAUUACAAUAUUGAGAGUUAUCAUCCACUGCACAUAUGAAGUUCACCACACUUGAAUUCGAUCAACAGCAAUUUCUAGCUAUCGCAUGAAUUAUCUCGCACUUAUACAAGUAAAUUAAAAGUUCAUGACACCAUCAUUUACUGCAUGAUCACAUGCACUUAUAUAAAAAGUAGAAAGUGUUCGCUCGGGCCUCACCUACACUUGCAUAAGGUAAUUUUUUGUAAUAGGUGUUAAUCGCCCUACGGUUUACAGCUUAUAAACUUCACCGUAUAUGAAAACCAAUAGUUAUCGAAAAUAACGAACUUUUAUUAACGAUGUGACUGUUAGCAGUGUAAGACAAGGUCUGUUGCUGCCAUGUGCAUGCAGAGCCUGUAAAU